AUGAUACAGCAAGAUGUACUUCUGAAGGCUGCUGUGAAAACAGUAUGGAUGUAUAAGCAUUGGGUACUUAACACAGUGGUCAUCCUACAACACCAGUUGGAUUAUACUGGUGCUGAACAACAGGGCCCUCUGAUUGGGAUCAGGACAGACGUGCCAGCCUUUGAUGCCUUGUUGUCGGCGCACUUCUACCCAAGUAUUGACAGGUGGACUUGGAAGCAAGGGAUCCAAGACACCCAGGUGGUACUGGCUCGGGCCUACAGCCUGCUGGCAAAGGAGAUUUAUAGAGCAAUUCAGACGAUGGAGAAUCCUCUCUUCAAUCUGAAAAGCAGCAAUGCCCAAUGGCUGAGCCCCAGCUCCACAACCAUGGUGUUGGAUAUGAUCCUUGCCAUUGUGUGUGGAGUGGGACUUUUUCUCGUGUUACUGCCUUUCCUUAAUCGAAAACCACCCUUACCACCACCUGAGGGAAAAAAGAAGCAGAGGAAGGAUCAUCUGCAGAUAUGGCGGUGGAAAAAAAGCAGGAAGAAACAUAUACCUCCAAAAGCAUCUGGAGUACACCUGAAGGAGAUAAAAGAAAAAGAACAAAAUGGCUCAUGCUUAGAACAAAUGAGCCCAAAACCUCACCUGAAUCCUGUAAGGGAUCCAUUAGAGCCACCAAGUACAGAACAGGAUGACAAAACCCCACAACAUAUGAGCCCAGGACACCACUCAAAUCCUGCAAGGGACCAAUUAGAGUCACCAAGUACAGGAGAGGACAACAAAACCCCACGAUCCUUCUGGGACACGAAAGAUAAGUCAGAACAUCUACAGGGUCCGCAGCAACUAUCAUUACCCAAGAUCGCAGAUGAUGAUUUCCAGAAGAAAUAUGACCAACUUUUCUGGGGUCUCCCUUCUCUACACAGUGAAUCCUUAGUGGCUACAGCCUGGAUCCCCCAGAAUUCUCCUCUACAGUCUCCAUUUUUCCUAUUCAAUGGAACUUCAAUUCAAGAUAAAAUAUCUCCACUGCUUUCUCAAGUCCAUCCCAUCUCCCAUCUGGAGUCCCAGUCCCCAUCCUUAAUUCUGCCUAUCUCCCAAUUCCAGCCCUCAUCUCUGGAUCAUUUCCAUCAAUCCUCUCUCCCUUCCCUGCCUUCUUCUCUACACCAUCUUAGGGACUACGGAACAUCUUUUUCUGUAACCCAAAAUAAAGUCCAAUUUUUCAGUCCAACUGAAAGUCAUUACCCAGAAAAGUCUUUGCUAAGGAGACAACUAGAACGAGAAUGGGAUUUCCCCUCAGUGGUCCAAACGUCUCAGCAAUCCAGCUGUCCUGUCACUCCUAACCCUUCCCAAGAAAGCUGGGCAGUCUCUAUCCUUCCUGAGAAUUUGCCAAUCAGCCCUGAGCUCCGGGGGAAACUGGAGGAACACAUUCAGAAGUGGCUCGUUCAACACGGAUUGGACGUGCCCCACAGGAUCCAGGAGUCCCUGGAAGUGAUGGAUUUUCAAGAGGAGUUGACAAGAACGUGCUCGGAUCACAUCAAGCCUGGCCCUUCUUGCUCCUUUAUGUCGACCAGUGAACAGUACAAGGAAGUACAGAAGGUGAAGUUCCAUUUAGACAAGGAGGUUGGCAAGAACUUGGGGCAUAUUCUGGGAAGGGCCCCGAAAUACCCAUCCAAGGAGGCGGAGGACGCCCCAGUGAAAACUACCAAGGUGAACUCUAAAGAAUCCCUGAAGAAGAAUGACUCGGUGAAAAAUGGAUCAAGAGGCAGAGACAAGAAUCUACAAAACGACUCCAAAUCUCAUUUGGCCGGUAAGCUGGGGCGUAAAUGUGAGGUUCCGCGGCCUAUGAGCAUGCCCCAACCCUGGCUUCCUGCUUUGCCGAUGCCUAACACCCACAAGCAGACCAAUCGUCUAGAAUUUUCGGAGACUAUGGAAAGCUGCGAGCCCACCUUCCGAAAGCUUUCCUUCCUCGACGCAUGUACUCAUCGGGCCCUGGAGGCUCAUAUUAUAAAGCUUUGGGUGAAACACCGGUGGAGCUUACCCCUCAAGGCCCUGAAACCCAUUAAUGUCUUUAAGCUGAGAAAGUCUCAACUUUUGGCCCUUCCGCACUUCAGUGGUCCCUCCUCCUCCAUCUGCGUAUCGAAGGCCAGCUCAAAAGUUCAGGUUGCCAAAUUCCUGGGGAAACCACCCCAGGCAAGCUCCAAAGAGAAGGUGAUGGCUAACAGCAGUGUUCCCCAAACCCUGACUCCCCUUACCCCCUCACCCUCAUGCAAGGAGACGGAAAGACUCCACAAAAGAAUCCCAUUCGGAGAUGCCUAUGUCUCCUCACCGCCCCCUCCAGCUAGAGCAGAGGGAAAAUGGGCUCCUCCGGUUCUCACGGGCAGCCAUGUGCACAGCAGCUGUCCAAGAAAGUCGGUCGUGGGGACUGGGCAAGGCAGCCUAGAGGUGCCUACAAGAUCUGCAACCCAUGCUCUAAGAAAGCCAUGCUUUCGGAAAGAAGUCACAAAUGAGUUUGAACAGAGACAGAGGAAUGCCGUGAUCCAGGCCUCAGCCUGCGUCACCGGUGUCACCCUUCCACGCUGCAAUGCCAGGGACAUGCCCCUGGCCGCAAGUUAUCUGGCUCCUCUCAUGUCAGAGGACGUGAUGAUGCAAACGCCCUGUAGUUCAGGACAACAUCAGCCCCAUGUCGUGAAAUGCCAAGACACAUGGAGAAAUCAACCCAAAAUGUAUGCCUUUACUUACAAAGGGGAGGAGUAUAGGAGACCAACCCCAAGGAAUCAUGACAAAACAUGUGAAGAAAUGAGGACCCCCAAACUCACUCCAGCCAGGAGAACGGAAGAAGCUCCAGAGAACAGAACCCCUACUCCAGCUCCUCCAGAAAACCACUUCCAAAAAUUCAUGAGACGCUUUUUUCACUGGAUGCUACCCAAGAAAACAAUCAUGGCAGAAGCAGACACCCUAGACAAAGACAAGCCUAAGAGUACCCCUGUCCAGAGCCACCGAAGAGGGCAAGCUGGGACACACAUGGACAGGAACAUGGCCGAGGCACAGGAACUCAUGACAGCCGUUGGACAGAUCGUGGAAAAGAAAAUGAUGCUUCAUCACAAGCUUUGCACCUUGAAGUCAAACCAGUACAAAGAAUACCCUCGAGCUCCCAACUGUCACAUUCCCUCUUACCAGAGACCCUCCCACUACUCAGAUCAAAGAAGGAUGAGCAGCUAUGCAGCCACCAAGUGGCAGAGGUGUCCUACCCAGGACAGGAAACUCAGGCCCAAACAGUCCCUGAAGAGUGUCCGAUUCAAUGAGCAGCGUGGGGCCGAACAAGCCUGCUAUCCACCCUCCAAGAAGGCUGAGUCACCGCCAACUGCCUCCCCGCACGGGCCAACAGUGCCAGGGCCCUCGAGCCAUCAUCAGCAACACUGCCCAAGGCAUUGUCAUCUCAGGAGAGGUGUCUUGUCUCCAUCAGAAAAUCCUUCUCCAGUCCUUUCCGUUAGGAAAACAUGUCCCAAAGGAAAACUGUGA